AUGUGCGACAAUAAUGAGCUGAGUUGUGAAGUGGGGCCGCCAUGCAGCCUGGUGCUUGCUGAUGGAUCCGUCUUUCAGGGUCGUAGUUUUGGAGCCCAAGUACCUGUGGAAGGGGAAGUUGUGUUUCAAACUGGUAUGGUGGGAUACCCAGAAUCUUUAACGGACCCUUCCUACCACGCCCAGUUGCUAGUACUGACCUAUCCUCUCAUCGGUAACUACGGGGUGCCUGAUGAAAACGACUUUGAUGAACAUGGCUUACCCAGAUUUUUUGAAUCUACCCGCAUAUGGGCAGCAGCUCUCAUCGUUGGCCAAGUUAGCACCGCAGCGUGUCAUUGGCGCGCUAAAAAAUCAUUAGGCAAAUGGCUAGCUAGUAAGGGUGUACCUGGAUUAUGCGAAGUUGAUACUAGGGCUCUGACAUUCCGACUUCGAGAAGGUGUGACUUUGGGUAGAAUAGUUCAAGAAGUUUCUAUUCAGGAGCCACGGAUAUUUAAUCCGCAAGGAGAUAUAACCAUAGUGGCUGUGGAUUGUGGAUUGAAAUAUAAUCAAAUUAGAUGUUUAAUAAAAAGAAACGCAAAGGUGAUAUUAGUGCCAUGGAAUUAUAAGUUUGAUACAGAACAAUAUGACGGAAUUUUCAUUAGUAAUGGACCCGGUGAUCCAGAAGUUUGCAAGGUGACGGUAGACAAUUUGCGGCAGAGACUACAGGACAAAAAAAAUGUUAAGCCAAUCUUCGGUAUUUGCUUGGGUCAUCAGUUAUUGGCUACUGCAGCGGGCUGUAAGACAUAUAAAACUCGAUACGGAAAUCGUGGACACAAUCUACCUUGUACGCACAAUGGAACAGGCCGCUGUUUUAUGACUUCACAGAACCACGGUUUUGCAGUAGAUGCUAAGACACUACCAGAGAACUGGGAUAUACUUUUUACUAAUGAGAACGAUAAAACGAAUGAAGGCAUUUCUCAUAAAUCUUUACCAUACUUUAGCGUUCAGUUUCAUCCCGAACAUACAGCGGGACCAACCGAUUUAGAAUGUCUUUUUGAUAUAUUUAUUGAUUUAGUAAAGUUAUACAAAAACAAAAAGCAAGCUGUUGUAAAUGAAUUGAUUAAAGAGAAACUAAAAUAUACGCCUAUACUACAAGAUAGACCUAAAAAAGUGUUAAUUUUGGGGUCUGGAGGGCUUUCAAUAGGACAAGCUGGAGAAUUUGACUAUUCAGGUUCGCAAGGUGUAAAAGCUAUGCAAGAAGAAAAGAUUCAAACUGUCUUGAUCAACCCUAAUAUUGCGACAGUUCAAACAUCGAAAGGAUUAGCUGAUAAAGUAUACUUUCUUCCCAUUACUCCCGAAUAUGUUGAACAAGUUAUUAAAGCCGAGCGUCCAACCGGUGUCUUACUCACUUUUGGAGGUCAAACGGCUCUUAAUUGUGGGGUUGAAUUAGAAAAAAGUAAAAUAUUUGAUAAGUAUAACGUUAAUGUACUGGGUACUCCAAUACAAUCUAUUGUUGACACAGAAGAUCGAAAAAUAUUCGCUGAAAAAAUUAACGCUAUAGGAGAAAAAGUGGCACCAAGUGCUGCAGUUUCAUCUGUAGAAGAAGCUUUAGCAGCAGCGUUGCAAAUCGGCUAUCCAGUGAUGUCACGCUCUGCUUUCUCUCUUGGUGGCUUGGGAUCAGGAUUUGCAAACAACGAAGAAGAAUUAAGAGUACUAGCUCAUCAUGCUUUGUCACAUUCUGAACAGUUAAUUAUUGAUAAAUCUUUAAAAGGCUGGAAAGAAGUUGAAUACGAAGUCGUAAGAGAUGCAUAUGAUAACUGCAUCACAGUCUGCAAUAUGGAAAACGUAGAUCCAUUGGGUAUUCAUACAGGUGAAUCUAUUGUUGUUGCGCCAAGCCAAACGUUAUCUAAUCGUGAAUAUUACAUGUUACGUAAUACGGCUAUUAAGGUAAUAAGACACUUUGGUAUAGUCGGUGAAUGUAAUAUUCAAUAUGCCUUAAACCCCAAUUCAGAAGAGUUUUUUAUCAUAGAGGUCAAUGCACGAUUGUCCCGAAGUUCUGCAUUAGCUAGCAAAGCUACUGGUUACCCUCUAGCAUAUGUAGCUGCUAAAUUAGCCUUAGGUAUACCACUACCAGUUAUCAAAAAUUCUGUUACUAGUGUGACCACAGCCUGUUUUGAACCAAGUUUGGAUUACUGUGUAGUUAAAAUACCCCGUUGGGAUUUAGCUAAAUUCAAUAGGGUUAGUACUAAAAUCGGAAGUUCUAUGAAAAGUGUAGGCGAAGUGAUGGCUAUUGGCAGAAGUUUUGAAGAAGCUUUUCAAAAGGCUUUGCGAAUGGUGGAUGAAAAUGUAAAUGGUUUUGAUCCUUACAUAAAAAAGGUAAACGAUAACGACUUAAGAGAACCUACAGAUAAAAGAAUGUUUAUAUUAGCUGCAGCCUUAAAAGAGGGAUAUUCAGUAAAUAAAUUAUAUGAAUUAACUAAAAUAGAUCGUUGGUUUUUGAAUAAAAUGAAAAAUAUUAUAGAUUAUUAUGGUAAUCUUGAGGCGAUAAAUGGAUCUAUGACCCCAGAAAUCCUUAAACAAGCGAAGAAAAUUGGGUUUUCUGAUAAGCAAAUCGCUGCAGCUGUUAAAAGUACAGAACUUGCUGUUCGAAAAUUAAGAGAAGAAUACAAGAUCACCCCAUUUGUAAAGCAGAUUGACACUGUAGCUGCCGAAUGGCCGGCUUCCACUAAUUAUUUAUAUAUGACGUACAAUGGUUGUACACACGACUUAGAAUUUCCAGGAGAAUUUACUAUGGUCCUUGGAUCUGGUGUUUACAGAAUUGGAAGUUCAGUUGAAUUUGAUUGGUGUGCCGUUGGUUGUUUAAGAGAAUUGAAGAAUCAAGGUAAGAAAACAAUAAUGGUAAAUUAUAAUCCAGAAACAGUCAGUACGGAUUACGAUAUGAGUGACAGAUUAUACUUUGAAGAAAUUUCCUUUGAAGUUGUUAUGGAUAUCUACAAUAUCGAACACCCAGAUGGCGUCAUUUUGUGUAUGGGAGGCCAGUUACCAAAUAAUAUUGCCAUGGACUUACAUAGACAACAAGCGGUUAUAUUAGGUACAUCACCAGAUAUGGUAGACAAUGCUGAGAAUAGAUUCAAAUUUUCUAGAAUGUUAGAUCGCAGAGGUAUAUUGCAACCGCGAUGGAAAGAACUGACGAAUUUAGAAUCGGCCAUCAGUUUUUGCGAGGAAGUGGGUUACCCAUGUUUGGUUCGCCCUUCUUAUGUUUUAAGUGGUGCUGCUAUGAAUGUAGCUUUCUCAAACCAAGAGCUAGAAACUUACCUUAAAUCAGCAAGUCAAGUAAGUAAGGACUAUCCGGUGGUUAUUUCAAAGUAUAUUCUGGAUGCAAAAGAAAUUGAUGUAGAUGUUGUAGCCGCUGAUGGAAUAUUACUUUGUAUGGCUGUAUCAGAACACGUUGAAAAUGCUGGUGUUCACUCCGGCGAUGCCACACUUGUUACGCCUCCACAAGACAUAAAUAAGGAAACUUUAGAAAAGAUUAAAGAUAUAGCCAGAAUAAUCGCCGAAACUUUAGAUGUCACGGGGCCAUUUAAUAUGCAACUUAUAGCAAAAGAUAACGAACUGAAGGUGAUUGAAUGUAACGUGCGAGUAUCAAGAUCAUUUCCGUUUGUUUCUAAGACACUGGAUCAUGAUUUUGUAGCAAUGGCCACAAAAGUAAUCCUUGGUAUUCCUGUGGAACCCGUAGAUGUAAUGAGUGGCUGUGGAAAAGUGGGAGUAAAAGUUCCUCAAUUUUCUUUUUCACGACUCUCUGGUGCCGAUGUUACUUUGGGAGUCGAAAUGGCUUCAACUGGAGAGGUAGCUUGCUUUGGCGAAAAUCGGUAUGAAGCUUAUUUAAAGUCACUUAUGAGUACUGGAUUUAGGAUACCGAAAAAGGCGAUUUUACUGUCCAUAGGAACCUACAAGCAUAAAAUGGAACUAUUGCCUAGUGUGCGAGUACUACAAAGCAUGGGAUACAAACUAUAUGCUAGCAUGGGAACAGGAGAUUUCUACACAGAACACGGAAUCGAUGUAGAAAGUGUACAAUGGACGUUUGACCAUAUAGGAGAUCUGGACGAUGCAAGAUCGGACGGGGAAUUAAUGCACUUAGCAGACUUUAUGGCGAGAAAGCAACUGGAUCUCGUCAUCAAUUUGCCAAUGAGCGGUGGAGCUCGUCGUGUAUCUUCGUUCUCAACUCAUGGGUACCGCACUAGACGCCUGGCUGUUGACUACGCUGUUCCUUUGGUUACUGAUGUGAAAUGCGCUAAGCUUUUAGUACAGGCAAUGUUACGAUGCGGCGGUGUUCCACUCAUGAAAACCCACACUGAUUGUAUGACAUCAAGAAAUAUUAUUAAAUUGCCCGGAUUUAUCGAUGUUCAUGUUCACGUCAGAGAACCAGGUGCAACUUAUAAAGAAGACUUUGAUUCCUGUACAGCAUCUGCUCUUGCUGGUGGUAUAACUAUGAUUUGUGCCAUGCCAAAUACAAAUCCACCUGUGAUUGAUCGUACUUCAUAUGACUACGUCGCGGCUCUCUCUAGAGUAAGCGCACGUUGUGACUAUGCAUUAUUUGUUGGUGCCUCUACCAGCAACACAGACAGCGCAGCAGAACUAGCACCACAGGCAGCAGCUUUAAAAAUGUAUCUUAAUGAAACUUAUACAACUCUUAAACUCGACGAUAUGACUGUUUGGCAAAAACACCUACAGAAUUGGCCCAAAAAAGUACCUAUCUGCGCCCAUGCAGAGAAGGAAAAAACUGGAGCUAUUAUACUAAUGGCUUCCCUUUUAGAUCGACCGAUUCAUAUCUGCCAUGUAGCAAGAAAGGAAGAAAUAAUGAUUAUAAAGGCUGCUAAAGAACGAGGCUUAAAGGUCACGUGUGAAGUCUGUCCACAUCAUUUGUUUUUAAGUACUAGAGAUAUAGACAGAAUCGGUUUGGGCCGUGCUGAGGUUAGACCAGUCUUAUGUAGUCCCGAGGAUCAGGAAGAACUGUGGAAAAAUAUGGAUAUUAUCGACAUCUUUGCUACUGAUCAUGCUCCACAUUCAGUCGAAGAGAAGAACUCAGAAAAACCUCCACCUGGUUUUCCUGGCUUAGAAACCAUUCUACCACUGCUCCUUAAUGCUGUCCAUGAAGGGCGUCUUACGAUGGAAGAUCUAAUUAAUAAAUUUCACAGAAACCCGCGAAAGAUAUUUAAUUUACCUGAACAACCGAAUACAUACGUAGAAAUUGAUAUGGAUUACGAAUGGACAAUACCCGAAGCCAUGGAAUUCACAAAAUCAAAAUGGACUCCGUUUGCGGGUAUGCAUGUUUGCGGCUCUAUUCAUCGAGUCACCUUACGCGGCGAAAUAGCCUACGUAGAGGGACAAAUUUUAGUACCACCAGGAUUUGGACAAAAUGUACGAGAUUGGCCAGCACCAAAAAAACAAACGUUCCCUGUAUAUCCGAUUGAAAAAAUUGAAAAAGAAACCAGCCGACCAAAUUCAGCUUUAGACUUCCACAGCUCUCUAGAAAUUAGUAAAUAUAGUGACUAUGAACUGGAUCAGUCAGAACCAGGCAAGACAGACAAUAAAUUAAACGUUCAUUUCAAUGAGAGCACUGGUUUAAGAAGCACCUCUCCUUUACCGCCUCAAACCACUACAAGACAGAGAUGUGACAGUUCUUCUAUAUACCCUGCACAGGUUACAUCAUCACAACGGCAGCGUAGCGAUUUAUUUGGCAAAAGUAUUUUGACUGUUGAUACGUUCAGUAAAGAAACAUUAAAUGACAUUUUCAAUUUAGCCCAAUAUAUGAAAACCAACGUAAGUAAGGGUAGAUGUCUCGAUGAUUUACUGCGAGGAAAGGUGAUGGCAUCCAUAUUUUAUGAAGUCAGCACUCGAACCAGUUGUAGUUUUUCUGCAGCUAUGCAGAGACUUGGUGGUUCAGUGAUUCAUACUGACGCCACAAACUCGUCUGCUAAAAAAGGGGAAACUUUAGAAGACAGUGUUGCCGUGAUGGCUAGUUACUCUGACAUAGUAGUUCUCCGGCAUCCUGAACCUGGAGCAGUUGCUCGUGCUUCAAGACACAGUCGUAAACCUAUUAUUAACGCUGGAGAUGGUGUAGGUGAACAUCCUACUCAAGCGUUGCUUGAUAUUUUCACUAUAAGAGAAGAAAUUGGCACUGUAAAUGGUCUGACUAUAACCAUGGUUGGCGAUUUGAAGAACGGCCGGACUGUACACUCCCUAGCUCGCCUACUUACAUUGUAUCAAGUGCAGUUGCAAUAUGUCAGUCCCCCUGGAUUGGGAAUGCCAAAACACAUAAUGGACUAUGUGGCGUCUAAAGGUGUUCCUCAAAGAAUGUAUGAGAAACUGGAAGAUACUCUAGCUGAUACACACGUAUUGUACAUGACCAGGAUCCAACAAGAAAGAUUCAAAAGCCAAGAGGAGUAUGAGAAGAUACGUGGCCUGCUAGUGGUUACUCCGCAAUUGAUGACCCGCGCAAAGCGCCGCAUGGUUGUGAUGCACCCUUUGCCUCGAAUUGAUGAAAUUUCACCUAAAUUCGACACAGAUCCUCGAGCUGCCUACUUCAGACAGGCAGAAUACGGCAUGUAUGUGCGUAUGGCACUACUCGCUAUGGUGGCUAGCGUGAAUCCUUUAAUUUAA